CCUCCAAUCUAUAAAGUCAUCAUCCUCUCCCUUCUUUUCUCUCUCGCCUUGCUUCUCACUUGUGCCUUUGCUCUCCAUCUGCAGGCGUUAGAGGGCACGAUGUCCGGUACAAGGUCCAGGAUCUCAGAGGAGGAGCUCAAGGAGCUCAUGUCCAAGCUCCAAUCUCUUCUCCCCGAGACCCGCCGCCGCCGCAGCGAACGCAGAGCUUCAGCUGCAAAGCUACUGAAGGAGACAUGCAACUACAUCAAGAGCCUCCACCGGGAGAUCGAUGACCUCAGCGGCCGCCUCUCAGAGCUGAUAGCAACCAUGGACAUGAACAGUGCUGAGGCCGAGAUCGUUCGGAGUCUUCUCCAUUCCUGAGCCGAGUCCGGCAAUUUUAUCUUCGUGUAGUUAUAGGUAGAAGAAGAUCUACAUCAUUAUAUAUGUAGUGUAGCUUCGUCUAUAUAACUUCUUAGGACCGGAGGUAGUAUCUAUCA